AUGCGUGGGGAAGCUAGAGGUUCUUUAAAAGCAUUGAAGUCAUUUAAGUUUUUAUUUGUUCUUCACUUCAUGCAUAAGAUUAUGGGCAUUACAGAUUUACUUUGUUGGGAAUUACAAACUAAAUCAAUUGACAUUUUGAAUGCCAUGGAUUUAGUUGCAACAACAAAAGAAUUGCUUCAUUCUUUGAGAGAUAGUGGCUUUGAUGUUAUCCUUUAUUCUGUCCAGUCAGUUUGUAAGAAAUUUGGCAUUGAUUUCCCAGAUAUGAGUGUUCGAUAUAUGGAUGAUUUUCGGUAUGUUCGACAAAGGGAUGAUUCGUCAGUUGAACAUCAUUAUCAUUAUGAUGUGUUUAACUCUGCAACUGAUUUUCAAUUAGAAGAGUUAAACUAUAAAUUUGAUGAUGUUGCAGUAGAACUUUUAAAGUUAAGUUCAUCUUUAGAACUGAAGAACAGUUUCAGAUUGUUUGAUAUUGAGAAAAUUUGCACCCUUGCUAGCAAAUUUAAUCCUGCUGAUUUUAAUCAACAAGAGUUGUACCACUUACGGCUACAACUUGAGUUUUACAAGGUUGAUGUUAUUAGGUAUGAGAAGUUUCAGAAUUUGUCGACUCUCAGUGAUUUAUGUCUUCAGCUAGUUGACACAAGUAAGUCGGAACAUUACAGUAUGAUCUACAGGUUGAUUUGUCUUGUGUUGACUCUCCCGGUUUCUACAGCUACCACGGAGCGAGCAUUUUCAGCUAUGAAACUAGUUAAGACCAUUCUUCGAAAUAAAAUGGAAGAUGAGUAUUUGAGAGAUACUAUGGUUCUCAACAUUAAAAGAGAGUAUGCUGAAGAGAUCGAUCCUAAAGGAGUAAUCGACGAAUUCUAUUCUAAAAAAAAUCGACGAGUUCAACUUAAAUAA